GCUCAUCAGUGAUGAAAUUCGUAUUCCUCGUGCUGCCCUUUGUGGCAGCAGCGGUAACUGGCAGACCGCAGACCCAGAAGGAGCCUGUGCCCAUUAUUUCGCUGGAGAACAACGUCAACUUCGAUGGCACCUACAAUUACGCGUACGAGGGUGGAGACGGAACCAAGGUACAGCAAUCGGGCCAGCUGAAGGUCGUGGGCCCUGAACCCGAUAAGGCUGGGGAAGUGUCCCAAGGUUCCUUCACGUACAUCGGUGAAGACGGGAAGACCUAUUCUGUCUCGUAUACAGCAGACGAGAAGGGAUAUGUACCUAUAGGCGAACACCUGCCCACGGCGCCUCCAGUUCCUGAAGCCAUCGGGAAGGCUGUGGCGUAUCUGCUAAGUCUGCCACCCAAAAGUGACAAGAACGAAUAGAUUUCUUCUACACCCAAUUAACUCUUUAAAACCUAGUGGUUACUAUAUAUACCACCUACUCUGAUACACUAAACUCUGCGUUCUGACCACAGAGAAUUUUAAUUUAGUCGGUAUGAUUCUCACAGCAAACAGCGGCUGUUUCCCUAAACAGAAUUAACCAAU